AUGGCGAGCACCAAGCAGUCCCCGCACAAAGCCACCACCUGGCAGGACACCAGGAAUCCCCUUGCCACCAAAGCCGCCCGCAAGAGGGCACCGCCUAAAGGAGGGAUCAAGAAGCCUCACCGCUACAGGCCUGGCACCCCGGCGCUGCGCAAAAUCAGAAAGUACCAGAGGUCCACUCAGUUGUUCCUGCCCAAGCUGCCUUUCCAGUGCCUGGUGUGCGAGAUUGCCCAGGCCAUCAGCCCGGACCUGCGCUUCCAGAGUGCGGCCAUUGGCUCCCUACAGGAGGCCAGCGAGACCAACCUGGUGCGCCUCUUUAAAAACGCCAACCUGUGUGCCAUCCAUGCCUGGCGUGUCAUAAUCAUGCCCAGAGACAUGCAGCUGGCCGCCGCCUCCGCACAGAGGGUGCUUAAGAGCCCACGCUCCUAG